AUGCCGAUAUCUCCUAUCAUUACGUUCAAGGCUGGCCGAUGCGAUUUCCCACCGGGACGCGAGCCAAAUAAGAUCAAGCCUCUGGACCCGCCCGGUUAUGUCUAUCUGUACUUCGAGGAUGGCUUGGUGCACUUCUGCUGGCGAACGCGCAACAACAUAUCGGAAAUGCCCGAGAUGCAUCUUAUCGUAGAGCGCAAAGAGUGCAGCUUCCGUCCAUACGAGCGAGACACAACGGCGCGACCGACUGCAAAGACAAACGGGCGUAUUUUCGUUCUCAAGUUUGCCUCGUACUCGCAGAGAUAUCUCUUCUGGAUGCAGUCGAAGCCGCAGAGCCGAGACGGAGACCCCAGCUGGUUCAGCCCCCGGGAUCGGUUAAUCGGGAAGAUUGUCCACCGAGUGCUGCAAGGCGAGGAAGAUAUCGAUGUCGCUGGAGAACUUGCGGGUGUUUGCAAUACCGAUGAUCGAUUUGACGAUGACGGUAACAGGAAGAUUGAAGAUGUCGAGGAGGUUGAGGAAAAAGAGCAAGAGCCGAAGAGAAGGUGGGGCCGAUGGUGGUGGUAG